CGUCGCAACGCCUCGGGGAAAGGGAAGCGGACGGGACCGCGAAUCGCUAUCUCUGGCUUUUUAUUUUUCUGCUGACAGGAUUUGGUCACUGGUUCUUCAUCUUUUGUCUGUUGCACGCAUCCAGCCCUUCCCAUUUGCUUUCCCACUCCUUGGAUCCAGCCCUCUGGGCAUUCACACCAGUUCUCUCACCCCGCCGUGAGCCCCUCCUGGUCCCCGGGCGGGCCUGGCACGGAGGCGGUAACUAUGGAGAAUAUGGCGGAGGAGGAGCUGCUACCCCAGGAGAAGGAGGAGGUGGAGGUGGCCCAGGUCCAGGUCCCGACCCCGGCCCCGGACUCGGCUCGGGUCCCAGCUCCGGCCCCGGACUCGGCUCCGACUCCGGCCUCGGCUCCAGCCCCAGCCCCUGCCCUGGCCCAGGCUCCGGCCCUGUCCCCGUCCCUAGCCUCUGCCCCUGACGAGGCUGAAAGCAUUGGUCCUUCGAAAUCAGUCUUAAGUAGGCAAGAUGAAGAUGGCAUAUUUGAAAUAGAACUGAAAAAUGAGGAAAAAGUAUCAGAAGUUGUAAAAGAAACUCCUAGCAUCUUGGAUUCAUCUGAUUUAACAAGAGAGAGACACAUCUCAAUCCAAAGGCAGCUUGCUGAUCUAGAGAAGUUAGCCUUCGUAGCUGAAGGAGAUUUUGACUCUGCCAGUUCAUUGAACUCAGAUCAUCUUGAUGCAGGAAACAAACAGUCUUGUCCGUUGUGCCCUAAGGAGAAAUUCAGAGCUUGUAAUAGUCAUAAGCUUCGUCGUCACCUUCAGAAUUUACACUGGAAAGUCUCAGUUGAAUUUGAAGGUUACAGGAUGUGCAUCUGUCACUUACCUUGUCGACCAGUGAAACCAAACAUUAUUGGAGAACAGAUAUCCAGUAAAAUGGGCGCCCAUUAUCAUUGUAUCAUUUGUUCAGCAACAAUCACCAGAAGGACCGAUAUGCUGGGACAUGUAAGGCGACAUGUGAAUAAAGGAGAGACGAAAUCCAGGUAUAUUGCUGCUUCUGCAAAACCACCUAAUGAAAUUUUGAAAGAGGCAGACACAGAUGUACAAGUUUGUCCUAACUAUUCUAUACCUCAAAAAACAGAUUCCUAUUUUAAUCCCAAAAUGAAACUAAACCGGCAGCUAAUAUUCUGUACAUUGGCUGCUUUGGCUGAAGAAAGAAAACCUUUGGAAUGUCUAGAUGCCUUUGGAGCCACUGGGAUAAUGGGAUUACAAUGGGCAAAACAUCUUGGAAGUGCAGUGAAGGUUACAAUUAAUGACUUGAAUGAAAACUCUGUGACACUGAUUCAGGAGAAUUGCCAUUUAAACAAAUUGAAAGUGGUGGUGGACAGUAAGGAAAAGGAAGAGAGUGAUGCUAUUCUUGAUGAAGGAGAGGAAAACCUUGGUAAUAUUAAGGUGACCAAAAUGGAUGCCAAUGUACUGAUGCAUCUGAGAUCUUUUGAUUUCAUACAUCUAGACCCUUUUGGAACAUCCGUGAACUAUCUAGAUUCUGCGUUCAGAAAUAUAAGAAACCUUGGCAUUGUAUCAGUGACUUCUACAGAUAUCAGUUCUUUAUAUGCCAAGGCACAGCAUGUUGCCCGGCGUCACUAUGGCUGUAAUAUUGUCCGAACUGAAUAUUACAAGGAACUCGCAGCCAGAAUUGUUGUAGCUGCAGUGGCAAGAGCUGCAGCCCGGUGUAACAAAGGCAUUGAAGUACUCUUUGCAGUGGCUCUGGAACAUUUUGUGUUGGUUGUUGUGAGAGUUUUGAGGGGGCCUACCUCUGCAGAUGAAACAGCCAAGAAGAUUCAGUACCUGAUCCAUUGUCAGUGGUGUGAAGAGAGAAUUUUCCAGAAGGAUGGUAAUAUGGUAGAAGAAAACCCAUACAGACAGCUGCCCUGUAACUGUCACGGAAGCAUGCCCGGAAAGACAGCGAUAGAACUUGGACCUCUAUGGUCAAGUUCCCUUUUCAAUACUGGAUUCCUCAAAAGAAUGCUCUUUGAAUCUUUUCACCAUGGUUUAGAUGACAUUCAAACCCUAAUAAAGACAUUAAUCUUUGAAUCAGAGUGUACUCCUCAAAGUCAGUUUUCAGUUCAUGCACCUUCAAAUCUCAACAAGCAAGAAGAAUAUGGUGUGUUUAUUAAAACUACAGACGAUACCACAACAGAUAACUAUAUUGCACAAGGAAAGAGAAAAGGUAAUGAAACAAUCACAACUUCAGCUAAAAGGCCAAAGACUGAUGUCAGUUCUGAACAUCCUCCCUUUUAUUACAACAUCCACAGACACAGCAUUAAAGGAAUGAAUAUGCCAAAGUUAAAAAAGUUUUUGUGCUAUCUUUCUCAAGCAGGCUUUCGAGUAAGCCGAACUCAUUUUGACCCCAUGGGUGUUCGUACAGACGCGCCUCUGAUGCAGUUUAAAUCGAUCCUCUUAAAGUACAGCACCCCUACCUACACUGGAGGACAGUCGGAGGGCCAUGUCCAGUCCACCUCCGAAGAUACAGUAGCUGACAGGGUUGAAAUGUCCGUGAAUGACAAAGCAGAAGCAAGCAGUUGCAGAAGAUGGUAAAUGUAGAGAAGAGUUACUCAGAUGUCUGUAUAGAUGGCCCAAGAGUUCUCUAUACCAACUGUAGUUCUUUUUCUAUUCUUUCAACUCAGUGGUGUAAAAAUAAAAACAGUGCUGUUUUCAUUCAGAAAAUUAGCAGUUUCUAACUUAGCUAGUUUGGGAGCUAUGCUUUCCAGGUUUUUCUUACUGUAAAGAAAACUGAAAAUUUUAAUGAAAACAUUUCAUAUGAAGCCAAGUUUAUGACUGAGAUCACCCUACCAUUUAGUAACUCAGAAAACUUCCACUUGCAAAGUGUUAGCAAUUUUAUGUCUGUUAUGGAAGCCUUCCUUUACUGUUCUUAAUCACAUGUCUACUUAGGCUGAUUCAUAUCUUUUUCUGUUUGUAGCUCACAAAAUGAAGCCAGGAGCCUUUUACAUAUGAAAUUACCCUGAACGGAACAAUGUUUUUUCAUGAUCACUAAUGCGAUUUCACAAUUACAAAGCUAAAAUAUGUUCCCAAUUUUAAGAAAUCAUACUUCUUUCCACACUGAUCUUUUUAUCAGUAGCUUUUGAGAAUCUAAAUACUUGCCUGAGAUAGAAAUACAUUUUUCUUCCAAGUUAAGGUCUAGAGGAUCAAGUCAGUAAGAUUUUGUCAAGUAAAUUGAGACCAUUGUUCUAAUACAGUAAUUCUUCGUAAGCACUGAAAUUCUGAAGAGGAGAGGUUUUGCUGUAAAUUAAAUGGGGUGAUCUCAAGUGCCUCAGUUAGCGCACGUACAAUAUUCAUUUGCUUGGUUGUGCUACCUCUCGGAAGUAAAACUUGUCACCUUAUGAACUUAUGAAGUGAGGAUUUUUUUGGUGGGGGGAGGGAUAGAUUUGUUUUCAGGUGUGUGUAUGUGCUUCCUUUUUUUGUAUAAGUAGCCCAGGCUAACAUGACUAUGAAAAUUAGUGGAAACUCCAUUAAUAAAUACUGUUCUUGCUUCA